UUAUCACUUAUUACUUAUAUACCCAAUAGCCUUGAUCUACAUACCACACUUAUUGAUACUUAUACUGGUUACCCCCGCAAUUUCGCCACUCACUCACUGUCAACCACCAACUCUAACUAACCUGACAUUCUUUACUACCUACUACUUAUCUAUCCACCUCUACCACAACUAUACUAUACUAUACUACAAUUACAUCCACAUCUUCAUCUCCAUCCACAAGCACACUAUACCAAGACCAAACCAACAACCAUGACACUCCAACUCCCAUCCCCACCACCAUCACCAACCCCCACCUCAAGAUCAAAUUCAGACUCAGGCUCAAUAACCCUCCCCCGCUCACAACAAAGCAUCGAAACCGAUCUCGCAACCCUCGAAGCCAUGAUCGAGGAACUGGGCGAAGCAGGGCGGAGGGGAAGGAUUGGUGGAACUGGAACUGGAACUGGAACUGGAGCUGGAACUGGAGCUGGAACUGGGAGAGGACGGAGGAGGACGAGGACGAGGUGUGUGGAGAGGGUGGAGGAUGUGAGUGGGGCGAUGAGGGUUUGUACGAUUGGGGGAUGAAUUUCUUGCUCUGGUCUGCUAUGCUUUGCUCUCUUUGUUUAAGGUUUGGGGAUGAGCGAUGGGGUUGCGCGGUGUUGGGUGGUUAUUCGUUGUGGAUUUCAGGGAGUUACUUGGUGAUGGGAUUCUUUGGGAUUUUGGGGGAUGGUGUUGAUGAUGGAUAUGUAUAUGGCUAUGAAUGUGGCUGUUUAGCGUGCUUUUGCUUGGGGGUUUGGGUUUGGUUUUAAUCGAGGAUAGAUGGGUGGCGAAUUUGCUGCUGCUUGCUUUGGAUCAUAGCUAUGGUGUUUGGAUUGCUUACUGUCGAGUUAUCUUGAUCAUAGAUCUGCUAUAGUAUGGGAUGAUGGUAAAUGUAUAUUGUAUAUUGCUUUCAGA